GUGCGUGGUGACGCGGCCGUUGCCAUGGGAACCCGCCGCCUGCUCCGGCGCAGGGGCUGAGGCUGGAGCUGCAGCCCGCCGCCGCCGGCCUGCCAGCUCCUGGCCGUCCUGCUAGUCGUGGGGCCGGGCCCCUGGGGCGGCAGGGGGAGCCGAGCCAGAGAGAGGCAAGAAGCGGGUUCUGCCUACGAGGGAGGACCGGUCCUUCACGUGCCAAGCCGACGCGCGUGAGCGGCCGCCGCACCGGCGAGGGACGAGGACAAGCGGGAUCGCGUGCUCCCACCCGCAGCCCAGACACGGACAAGCACGGUCCGCUGCAGCCCCGGCGCCGCUCGGCCUCAACCUGGUCUGCGAUCUCGGCGCCUCCGCACCCCGGCAGGCUUGGGCUCCGGCCGCGGCCCCGGCGCUCUUCUCCGCCUCCGCCGCCGCCACAGCCUCCGCCCCCGCCGCAGCCGCCGCCGCAGCCUCUGCCUCGGCCUCCUGCCCAGCUCCGGCCGCGACCCUAGCCGGGGCCGCGACCCCGACCCCGGUCCCGGGCUCGCCCGAGGCGCCGCCGGCCCCAGCCCCGGCCCGGGCUCCGCCGGCCUGGCCUUGGGCACGAUGCUGCCCAGCUCCAUUCAGAUUUCGGGGGAACCUCUGUCGGGCGCCGAGGUGCGAGACAUCUGCCGCGGCCUGCGCGACAACGCCGUGCGCCUGCUCUCCCUGCGCGGCUGCCGCCUCUGCGACCGCGACUUCGGCCGCAUCUGCCGGGCGCUGGCUGGGGCCACGUCCCUGGCGCAGCUCAACCUUAACCUGGGCGUCGUGUCCAGCCCCAGCCGCAUCAAGCAGCUGGCAGAGGCGCUGCGGACCAACCGCUCCAUCCAGUCCCUCUUCCUGCAUGGGAGCCCCCUCACAGACGCCGGGCUGGCCUUGCUGAACCCUGCCCUGGCCCUCCACCCGGCCUUGGUGGCUCUGGACCUGGGGGACUGCAUGCUGGGUGAUGAAGCCAUCAACCUCAUCUGUGGCCUCCUCCCUCCAGACGGGGCCAAGUCUGGCCUGAAGGAGCUAACGCUGAGCGCCAACCCUGGCAUCACCCCUAAGGGCUGGAGCCGCCUCGCCAUUGCCGUGGCCCACAGCUCCCAGGUCCGCGUCCUCAAUCUGGACUACAACCCGCUGGGGGACCACGUGGCAGGGAUGCUGGCUGUAGCUGUGGCCUCGAGCCGCACCCUGGAGGUCCUAGACUUGGAGGGCACAGGGCUCACCAACCAAUCAGCUCAGACCCUGCUGGACAUGGUAGAAAAUUACCCCACGGCGCUGCGGAGCCUAGUGUUGGCUGAAAACAGCAUUAGCCCAGAGCUCCAGCAGCAGAUCUGUGACCUCCUCUCUGAGGGGGAGGAAGAGGAGGAAGUGGCAGGAGGGUCUGGCGACACCCAGGAAUGGGAGAGAGGGCGGGAGCCUGCUGCCCAUCGGGCGGGCGGCAACUCCUGGAUGUGCCCCAGCGAUCCCAGCUCUCAGAUGGUGCUAAUGACGUCAGGACUAGGGGACAGUCUGUUGGCUGAGACCGAGAUGUGACUUUCCAUGUGGACUUCACACCAUUACAGUUGUCUGUGUCCCCAGCACCUGGCCCCAGAUAUCAGGCUCAGGCCCUAGAGGGAGGGGGUGCCUGGGGCUCUGGCAGCUCCCGGCAGUGUUGGGGGGGCGGGCGGCUCUGGAAGCUGUGACUGGACGAGAUAGCCCUGGGGGAGGGGGCACACUUGAACCCAGGGCAAUGCCUCUGGACUUGUUGGCAGCUGUGGCUGCAACCCGCUGGCUCGGAAGAGAUUUUAUGAACUCUACAA